AUGGAUUCCAGAAAAUCAAUCCUCAUCCUUGGCCUAUUGGCCAUGGUUCUUCUUAUUUCAUCAGAGGUGUCAGCUAGGGACUUAGCAGAGACUCCCACUAAUGCCAAAGAGGAGGUUGUUGAAAAGUCAGAUGAAAUAAAUGAUGCCAAAUAUUAUGGUGGAGGCUACGGUGGUUACCAUAAUGGCUAUGGUGGUUACCACAAUGGCUACGGUAACCACGGAGGGUAUGGCUAUGGCCAUGGUGGUGGUUACAAUGGUGGUGGAGGAGGUUACGGUCAUGGUGGAGGUGGUUACAACGGUGGUGGUUUUGACGAUCGUAACUGA